AAUCCGCAUGUUUUUACAAGUGUGCACCUCCAGAACUGCUGAUAAGUGCACAUGCUUUUACUUCUGCAUGCCUAAUCAGCUCUAGUCUGGAUACAAGCUGGUGAUCUUUGCAGCGUAGCACCAACUGCAAUAGAAUGCAUGAAAGCUAGCUCAAAAUAAUACAUGCAACAGAACAACCAAGCUCCAUAAAUUUUGCUUCUCUAAAACUAACAAUUACUAGAAGGACUUUGAUCAGAAAUAUAACUUUCCAACAUAUCCUGACUAUACCUCCAAGUUUAGCUCCUGAAAGACACUAAAGCUGAUCAAAAAAGACAUGACUAGACUUAUUCUGCAGGUGUAAGCCUCAUAGAUGCUGCACCUAGCCACUGGAGAAUACAGGCCCCACCAGCCCAAAAAGAAGUGUCACAGAAUUAUCAUGGUGAAGUAGGCAGCCAUUCAGUCUUUCAUGUCUGCACCAGCUCUACAUUCUAGAGUGGCUCUAUAAUCUAGUACCAAUUUCCUACCUUUUCCUGAUAUCCCUGCCUACCAUUACUAUCCCCAAAAAAACCAAUGCCUUCUUUAAUGCCUUAAAUGAACCUGCUUCCCACAUUUCCAGACAGUACAUUCCAGACCAUAACAACUUGCUGGGUUUUGUUCUCAUAUCACAUUUGCUUCACUUGCACAUAAUUUGAAAUCUCUGCCCUCUUGUUCUUGUUUCCUUUACAAGCAGAAACAACUUCUCCCUAUCUACUCUGUCUGGACCGCUCAUGAUUUUGAAAAACUCAUUCAUAUCUCCUGUCAGCUGCCUUUUCUCCAGGGAGAACCAUUCUUACAGAGAUGUAGAUUAUCAUGCACAAUCCACAAAUAGAUAGGCAAAGGCAGCAAACCCAACCAAAGAAACAUUAAAAGGCAAAACUGCCAGUUUCCUUAACCCAAAUGAAUCUCCAAACCAAGAAAUCAGCUGUAAUCAACUAAAAAAUGCAAAAAGAACUAUAAUAUAUAAAUGUGCUCUUGCAGCCAAAAUGCACAGUAACUUAAUAGAAUAUGCGAACUUGAAGACUUUUGAAAAAAAUACCUCAUCCCUGAGGUUAGUUUUGAGUUUUGAAUUGCUAGUAGCUGCAUCUAAUUAUACAUAUAUAUUUCUCUCUGUCUAGGAUGUUUCAUUAAUUGGUAAUAGCCAUUGAUAUAAGUAUCAACUUUCCAGUAAUCCAUGCAUUCUUCAGCUGAUUGCCAGGAAGUGAUCUGUCCUCUCUACUUUGUACUUUGUUACAUAGCCUGACUGUUGCAGGCCAUUAAUCAAUUCUGAUUUAUUGACAUCGAUUUUCCUGAAAAUAGUUUUCAUUGGAAUAAUCUUUCAAUUAAAUAGCCUCUGGGUUUGGAAAGUUGCUUUCCUCCAGUCAUUAAAAGUACACCUUAUUUUACAAUUUACAUUCAAAAUCUACAAAAUAAAUGCAUUUCUCUGAUCAACAUAAUUAAACAUUCCUUUUGUCAUUGAACACACAUAUAUAAUCAGGUUAGGAGUGGAAGUCAUUUUGGUUCUGUUAUUUAGCAAAUCUGUUGCUUUGAACACCAGCCUUGCAAUCUGGGCAGCAAUGGAAUCCCAUUAAGGGAUAAAGUGUGGCAGAUUUUGCCUUUCCAGAAUUGGAAUGUUCAUGAAAAGAAGUCAAGCAGUUGAUCUCAUUUGUCGUUGUUGUUGGGCUGCAUUCCCAUCGUACAUUGCAGAUAAAAGUAUGGCAAUCAACAAUUUCCAGUGGACUUACUUAGGAAAAGAAGCAAUUAUACAAGUGCUUAUAACUAAUUUUAUCUACAGCAGGAAUAAAAGGAAAUGGUUUGUUUCUGCACACUAUGGCCAUGCUGGGUCCUGUGAUGUGCAUUAAACUUAUCAGGUCUAUUUAUGAAGCACAUUCUGAGACCAAUCUCCUUUGAAAGAACAUCUUUAUUUCUCCACAAAGAACCUACUGCUCCUUUCACACACACUCCCCCAUCCUUCUGGCUGGCCUUUCUUUAGAUACGUUUGAAUAUGUUUUAAUCAAUAUGUUUGGACAUUUUAUGACACAGCUCUACCAUGGAUGGGUCUCAAACCUAGAUCCAGAGGUAGGGUCACUAUUAUUGUACCACAAGACCAUUAUAACUUUAAAUUCUCUUGUGGUUAAAAAAAAUAACAAAACCAAAAUUGAAUUGAAUUAAGGUAAUUAUAAAUAUGAAUGUAAAUGAAACAUUUUGGACAUGUAAUAACACACCUCUGGAACAGUUGGGAAUUGAGCCUUUUGAGCCAGAAAGUGACUCGACCGCUGUGCGACAAAAUCACCCUUUUAUAUAUUUUAAUACUCCUGGAAAUUUGCAUUUUAACAUAUAUUUUUGAUUCAGCCUGUUCAGAGAUAUUAUGACACAGCUCUGGAACAGGCUAGACUUGAACCCAGACCUUCUGGUUCAGAGGUAGGGACGCUACCACUAUGCUGUAAAAGUCGUCUUUUGUAAGUUUUAAUUCUCCAUAGUAAUUUGCAUUCUAAUACAAUUAACUAAUUCCCCACAUCUAUGGAUUUGUUACCUUUUGCUCCUGGACAUUUAGAAUGUUGUUAGUAGAUUUAGAAUACUAACAGUGUGAUGGGUAUGUUACAGGCCUAGCAGCUGUGAGGUUAUGAUUAUCAUUCCUAUCAUGACAAGCUGUAACAUUUAAUUCAGUAAAGCUGGCAGUUUGUAGGCUGGCGCUAUGAAAAUUGUCAGAUCAUACGGACCAUGUUAUUUCCAUCAGUCUGUCCUGUGCAUAACUCCAGUCCCACAAUAUGUAGCUAGCUCUCAUUGCCCUUUGAACUGGCCUUGCAAACUACAAGGGGAGAUGAAGAAAACUUCUAGUGGUCAAAAGCCUUGAGAACUCUAUAUCACAAGUUCCUUCCAAGGUACACUUAGCAUAUGUCAUGUCUCAAGUUACUCAUAUAAUGUAUCCUGAAAUAUUAUUUAAGCAAUAUCUGUUCCCAUAAAUGUACCACUCACAUACUGAAAAAUCUUCCCACUGAUUAGUUUUGAAUUUACUCCCGAAUCUCUUUAAAUACAAUUUAUGUCCUGUAUUUCUACUAUUUUGGACACAGGGAAACAAUUCAUCAUGGUGUACUUUACCCAGUCUUUUAGAAUCCUAAAAGAAGCUAUGAUAUCACUUCAAUCUAUCAGGACAAUUAGAAAUAUGUAGAGAAUGUGACUUUGCUCCUGAGAAUAUGUAGAGAAAAGUGGGUUGUGCAUACUUACAUACAUAAAAGAGUAUAAUUUUGGAGAUUAAGUAUUGGCUCAACCAUCGUUAAUAGUAAAUCUCUGAGAAUUAAAUAUUAUCAGCAAUAUAUUUUCCUCCAAUGGCCCUGUAGUUUUCAGAUUCUGUUUAUGAGUGAUAUUGGCAUAUAAUCCAUCAUAUUUCUGUGCUAUUAAAGUACAAUGGACUCUAAUUUUUCUUCAACCUAAUAUAGUUUCCUAAGGGGCCUGAGGGGCAACUUUUUCAUGCAGUGGGAAUUUCAUAUGUGGAAUGAACUGCUACAGCAAGUGGUAAAUGCAGGUACGGUUAUAACAUUAAAAAAAACAUUUGGACAAGUACAUGAAUUGGAGGGGUUUAGAGGGAUAUGGGCCAAAUGCAGGGACUAGCUUAGCUUAGACAACCUUUUGGCUUGGAUGACUUGGACUGAAGGGUCAGUUUCUGUGCUGUAUGACAUGAAGAAAUGUUUCUUUAAUGCACUAAGUUUCAGUGAUCUAGAAUGUACUGCCUGGCAAUAGGGUGGAAGCAGGUUCUGCAAUAACAUUCAGAAGGGAAUUGAAUAAAUGUUUGAAGAAAAUAAAACACUAGCAGGGCUGUGGGGUAAAGGAUAAGAGAGUAGAACUAUGCCAGUCUCAGUGCUACAUACUACUAUUACAGUAAUCAGCUGCUGUAUGUUGACCUCAGAAGAGUUUUUAAUCCCUAAUGAACAAAUUGGAAGUUUGAUAAUGAUGGCAGUGUGAGUUCUUUGAGAGUCUGAAUUUCUGGCAGGGACUCUCCUCACAGUUAUUUGCUGCAUCACAAGCACUGUUGGUGAAAAUUAAACAGGCAGCCAUUCUUUGUAAUCAGCUGUUUAAUUAAUGAACCUGAAAAUAGUUAGACAUUUUGUUUGUUACCUUAAGAUUCCUGGUAAUUUAGCUAUUCUCUACAGCUAAAGGCUGCUUGAGUUUCAUCCCUCUUAGUGGGAUAUAAGCAGCCUUUGUGUUUUGGCAGGGACCUUGUUGUCAAAUGGAAUACAGUAGUCUUCCUACCGGCCAAUAUCUUAACCACUUACUGUGGUAGGUGAGUGUGGUAUCUGCUGGAAGUGAGCAAGAGCCACAUUUCUGGGAUGUGUUAACAAAUCCUGUUAUCUCAACUAGAAGUGAAUGUGAGAAAUACCUUCAUAGGAGAUGCUUCAGCUGGGCCUUAUAAUUUGAACCAUUAUCUCAGAGCCUGUAUUAUGAAUUAAUCCUCAUGCGCUAAAUUUAAUUUUAUGUUCAGAUGAAGUCAGGCAAAGGAGCAGUGCUCAAAAAGCUUGUGAUUUCAAAUAAACCUGUUGGACUGUAACCUGUUGUCGUGUGACUUCUGACUUUGUCCACCCCAGUCCAGCACUGAUACCUCUACAUCAUUGCUUCCUCUCCACAGAUGCUGCCAGUCCUACUGAGUUUUCCUAAUAACUUAACUGAGUUAAUUCCCAAUGGGGUCCCCACGACCUCCACAUGAAUGGGUGUAUUUUUCUCCAACCAGCUAGAGAAUUUUCUGCUUAUGUGCUCUGAGGAGCCUUGCGUCUGUUACAACCUUGAAUACUCCACUCCCACUGGCCAGUUUUGAUCCUUUGACCCAGUGUGUAUUUCCUGCAGUGAGACAAAGGAAGGGGAUGAUUAUGAUGGAAGUGAUUGAAGGAGCCCUUGGUAAUAGUAGAAGAGCAAUACAGACGGUGAGAUGUUCUAAGUAAGUGAAAUGCAGAGGUGAGGAAGGUUUAGUAAUUUGCGAGGAUGGAAUAAGUGAGAGUGUUGAGUGGAUAUAUGUGCAACAGUGAUAUUUGUAGUCCAAGAGUCUUGGUAAGAGGCAUGUGCAGUGGCUGGGUUAGAGUGAGUGGUGUCCCUGUAGGUGUGAGAUAGAGUAAAUUGAAAGACUUAUCCUUGCAGAGUGGAAAAGAUCAUUCACCUCCAUAGAAUCCCUACAGUAUAGAAGCGAGCCAUUCAGCCACACCAACCCUACAAAAAGCAUCCCACUCAGAUCCUUCCCCUUACCCUACCCACAUAACCCUGCAAUUCCCUUGGUUAAUCUUUAGCCUACACAUCCCUAGAUGCUAUGGACAAAUUUAGCAUGGCUAAUCCAUCUAACCUGCACAUCUUUAGAUUGUGGGAGGAAACUGGAGCACCAGAGGAAACCCACUGACACAAGGAGAAUGUGCAAACUCCACACAGACAAUCACCUAAGCCUGGAAUUGAACCCAGGCCCCUGGAACUCUGGGGCAGCAUUGCUAACUACUGAGCCACCAUGCCACCCCUGCAAUUCUAGACUGCUGAACCCUGGCCACAACAUUGACCGAGGCAGCUAUCUUGGUACAGACUGGCUUGAUAGGAUGGUUUGACUGCCUUUGGUCGUCUGCUGUCCUCUUCACUACCCCAUCCAUCUACACCUUCAAUAGUGCCCAAAGUCACACAUUGCUUCCCAGAAUGCAAUGUAUCAUUAGAUUAAUAAUAUCAUUGGCCAAUUGUACGGUACUCUUAUACUUUGGUGCAACAAGAUAUGAUUGAUACACUUAUUUGAGAUUUCAGAAAAACAACCCUAAAUUCUCACUAUCUGUGAUAAAGUUCUGUCAAAACAUGAACAGUUAAAUAAUGAGACAAAUUGUAGGAGACUUGUUAUACUCAUAAUAAGCCUAAUGAAAAUAAACUUAACUUUAAAAUAGACAGAUUAAUUUGAUCAAUAUAUUUGUUGUUUAUCUAUAAUGGAGAAAUAUCAGUGUUCCGUUUUAUUCCACAUGUAUGGAAUGGAGAGUAUAGCAUGAUGAAUAGGGUAAUGAGGAGUUAUUUUAUCAUUAAUGAUUAGGGAAAAUAAAGACUGCAUCCUUUCCCCAUAAGACAACCUUGAGGGGACAAGUAGUGUUAUGAGGAAAGUUGAGCAGGCUAUACUUAUACCUGCUGAAGUUUAGAAGAGUCAGACGCAACUUGAUUGAAACAGAUAAGAACCUCAGGGAUCAUGGCAGGGUGGAUGUGAAAUGGAGUUUUCCACUUGUGGCAGAAUCUCGAACUAAUAAGUGUCACUUUUUUUUAAAGAAAGGAUCAUCCAUUUGUGGAGAGAACUUUUUUCUGACUUCCUUCCGCAAAAGGCAGUGGAAGCAGAGUCUUUGAGUAUUUUUCAGGGAAAAGUAGUUAAGAUUCUUGAUAAGCAAGGAGGUGAAGAUGAUCGAGAUUCUGAAGUAAUCAGAUAAGCCAUGAUGAUAGUGAAUGGCUGAGCAGGCGUGAGGAGAUAAUGUACCAUGGGCACCAGCUGUUGACUGGAACCAUGCCUAAGUAGUUUUACGUGGAGUUGUAUACUUGGUUACUGCCUGGUUGCGUCCUUUCUGACACAAUGUACUUAGUCAGCCUUGAAUGAUGAUUUAAUAAUGAAGUUCUUUCUUACGUCCAAUUGUAAGAAAGCGGUUGCAUGGCUGAGAUCAAGUAACUCAAUCUGUACAGUAUGAGCUUAGAUAUUGGUGUUGACAAGUUGUUCAACUAUGAAGAUCCUCACAUCUGUGCCUGAUAAUAUAAUUUCCUGAAUAGUCUCAUAUGCAUAUUUUUUGGGGUUACUCAAGAGGAGAAAACUUAAUUGAAUAUUGCAAAUAAUUUCAAAAAAAAAUUUUCAGAAUGAACAAGUGAAUACUUGAUUUAAAAGGGACAUUGCCACCAAGAGAGGUCAGAGGUGGGGUGGAGUCUCAUUGACCUGAUGUCUGUGAAUUUCUAAUUACAGUAAUUAAAGCUUUCAAUUCUAAGUCAUUUCGGGACUUCUGUAAAUACCAGUUUUGAACUGGUCUGGCACCUGUUAAUGAAUCAAUUUUUAAUGUUAAUUAUAACUCUUGCCAUAAAGUAUUCAAUGAAGCUGGGAUCAUCCCUAAAUUUACAAAAUAAAAUUUAUGACUUGAGUGAAUUAAAUAUUUAUAUGAUUGUUCCAAAGAUUGUACAAGUUGUAUAGUGCAUUGUGGAAGCAGAGGACAGUGGACCUAGCUUAUUCAUAUUUAAUGAAAGGAACCAGAGAUGGAUCAUGUUACUAAUGCAGACUACGAUUGAAUUAUUAAUGGCACUAUUAAUUCUACUACCAUUGUGUAUUACUUCAUAUGUUGCUGUAAAGAAUUAUAUAAUUUUGCCUUUCCAGUCUGGGUUUUUAGUUUUCUUUAUAUGUUCAGCAAUGCAAAAUAGUGUAGUGCAGUUUGCCUUGGGUGCCUUACAAUUGUGCAUUGUCUGCAGAGUCACAGCCAGACCAGGUAAAACAUCCUUUGUUUGUAUGUUCUAAACUGUUACAUAUAGAUCAUAUGGGUUUAAGUAGAUAAAAUGCUGUUUUUCCUGCCUUGAUUUUAGGAGAUUAUUUUCAAACUUAAUAAGAAAGACGUGUGAUUGAAGUCAAUUUCCAGUGAACUGAGAGCCACGAGAGACAGAAGUACAAAUUUCAGACAAUGCUGACUAUCCAGUUUAUGAUAUUAACUGCUUUCUCAAAGCAGUGUUUGUACUCAGACUGAAAUUGUGAUUAGAAUUUCAAAAUCUGUAAUUUUGGUGAAAACGAAAGUCUGGUGAUUUUCAAUCUAUUGUUGAGUUUUACGUGGAGCUGUUUACUUGGUCACAGCCUUUGUUCUUUCUGACACGAUGUACUUGGUCAGCCUUGAAUGGUGAUUUAAAAAUGAAGUUCUUUCAAUUGUAAAAUAACAGUCUCCUUGCUGAGAUCAGGUACUCAAUAUAACGCUAUUAGGAAGGUUACCAGUAUUAUUACAAUAGGAUUUGAGUACAGGAGUAGUGAAGUCUUGCUUCAAUUGUAUAGGAACUUGGCUCAACUACACCUAGACUACUGUGUGCAGUUUUGGUCUCCUUACCUCAGGAAAAAUAUUAUUAUCAUAUAGGGAGUUAAACGAAGGGUCAGCAGACUUGUUCCUUGGAUUGUGGAAAUGUCCUCCGAAGAGAGAUUAGGUAAAUUGGGCCUGUAUUCUAUAAAGUUUUGAUCUCAUAGAAACCUACAAGUUCUGUAAAGGGAUAAACAGCAUAAACAGUAGGAAGCAGAAAUAAAUUGCUGGCAAAAUUUAGUUCUGAUGAAGAGUCAUCGGACUUGCUUGAAAUGUUAACUCUGCUUUCUCCCCACGAUCCUUCCAGAUCAUGAGUGUCGUAAACCAUUUCUGUUUUUAUUUCAGAUGUCCAUCAUUCACAGUUUUGUUUUGUUUUAGUUGCAGGAAAGAUGGUUCCCUUGGUUGGGGAGAUUGGAACCAAGGGCACAAUUUAAAAAGGGUUAAAUGUGGCGGCAUACUUUCAGCAACGAAUGGGAAUUUCUCCAGCCCUAACUUCCCAGGAUAUUAUCCAUAUGAUACUAAAUGUACAUGGCUCAUUGUUGUUACAGAGGGCUCCUCCAUUUUGCUCACCUUCCAUUACUUUGACCUUGAAUUUCACACUUACUGCGAAUAUGAUUACAUUAAAAUCUAUAAUGGAGUGCCCGAGGAUGAGGGAAAUCUUCUGGGUACAUUUUGUGGAAAAAUCUUUCCACCUCACUUUACCUCUUCUUGGCAUGUGAUGUCAAUCAUUUUCCACUCAGAUAAACAUGUGGUCAGCCAUGGAUUCUCUGCUUCAUACCGCAAAGAUAUGUGUGGGGGAGUAGUAACGGGUCUGUCCGGAGUGCUGUCUAGCCCUGAGUACCCAGAUAAUUACCCCAACAAUGCAGAAUGUCGUUGGAUUAUUCGAGUCUCCAAUCAAUCAGUGGUCAAUCUGGUUUUCUAUGACUUUCACCUGGAAAACAAUGAGGAUUGUAGCUUUGACUAUGUUGCCUUGUUUGAUGGAUCUAGCAUGAAAGACAGACACUGGGGUCACUAUUGUGGUGGAACAAAGCCUCCGAACAUGAUCUCCAGCGGUAGUGAACUACUUGUUGUUUUUAAAUCAGAUUUCAAUAUUGGUGCAAGGGGAUUCAAAGCAUUUUAUUUUUCAGGUGAAUGUCAGCAAGUAUUCACAGCUAUUAAAGGGAAUUUCUCUAGCCCACGCUAUCCAAAUAUUUACCCGAAUAAUAUCAACUGUCAUUGGACAAUCCAGCAACCUCUUGGUUACAGGAUCAACGUUCACUUAAAUGAUUUUGAGCUGGAGGACAGAGACAGCCUGACAGAUGCCUGUGACUAUGAUUUUCUUGCGAUCUUUGAUGGAGAAAGUGAAACUGACACAUUAAUAGGGAAAUGGUGUGGUCAGAACUCACCCUCUUCACUCCUGUCCAAUGGGAACAGACUUUUAUUUGUGUUGUCUGCUGACAGGAAUACAGCUUCUCGUGGCUUCCAUGUAUCAUACGAUGGUGUCAUUCCAAUGAACAUCAGCUGCACAAGAACAGAUUUCCAGAUUCAGAUUGCUGCACAUGCUGUUCCGUCACUCAGUCGAAGCAACAUUUAUCUAGGAAACCAAGACUGUACUGCUCAGGUUUUUGGCUCUGUGUACAAAAUUAUCUCACGAUUUGAUGCAUGUGGAACAAAGACCCAGAGAAGAAGAAAUGUUACCAUCUUUGUGAAUAUUUUGUAUGUAAUGUUUUCUGAUGGAACAUGGGAAGACAACCAGGAAUAUGAGGUGCAAUGUGACCUCAAGAGAAAAGCUGCUUCAUACAACGUUAUUACAGACACAGAACAGUAUCAGCUCCAACAGCAGGCUGUUAAUCUUGAGGAUUCCAACUCUGAUGAGUUGAAGGUGGAAGAUGGAUCAGAUCUUUCCAGAACGCAAGAUAGUAGCGACAUUGUCUUCAUUGGUAUUUGUGUUUUGGCUGGAAUUCUCAUGUUGAUUGCUAUCAUAGGGCUGGUCCUUCUGUAAGGACAUGAGAUGAUUGUAUGUUUAUGGUUGUAAUGGUGUAUUUAUCAGUUUGAAAAAAAUGGCUUUUUGGAGGGUGGCUGUAAUGUAAUUUAAUUUUUUAAUGCCUUUUUAGCAAGAAACUCUCAGUGCAGUGGUAAGUCUCAGUUUCCGUGAAAUGUUUGUUUUGUUCAUUUUCCUAUCAUAGGACAGUACAGAAUUCAAAGACCAAUCUGCCCAUCAAGUUUGCUCUGCUUCUUUCAAAGCACAAUCCAUUUAGUCCCACUUCCCUGCAAUUUCUUUUAAAGUAUUUAUCAAAUUCCUUCCUGAAAGCUACUGUGUUCCGUCGUGUUACUAAGCUGUACAAUUCCAAAUUCAAAGUACUCAUUUUGUUAAUAAGAAGGUUUUUUCUCAUAUUGCCCUUGUUCUUUUAAUCACCUUAAGUCUGUAAGCGCUGAUUAAUGUCAUUUUCAUGUUUGGAAACAGAUUCCCUUUACUUGCUGUAUUUACUGUAAUUUUCUGCACUGAAUGUAGCCUCUCUUAAACAAACCUGACAAAGGAAUAUACAUAUCAUAAAAUAAGUUGCAGUGAUGUUAUUUGGAGAAGGUGCACUUUUUCAACAGCACUGUUCCCAUUACAAACAUGUGAUGGUCAUGUUCCCAAUGAGACCAAUAUACUUAUUAAGACCAUGAGCUGGGAGUAUAGAAACACAGAAUUAAAAUUGUAACAUGGUCGCACUAAAUUGCACAAUAGAUUUUUAAAAAAUCAGAUAUUGUGUUUUAACGGUAUUAAAUUAAUACUAGUGAAAUAAUUGUUCACACAUUGAUGGUGCUGACUAGAUAAUAUCUCCUUUAAGCCACAGUACAUGGUAACUUUAUUAUGCUUAUAUUUCUGUUUAACUCAUGUAAAGUUAGCCAAGAACCUUUGGUAAGUCUUGUUACUGGUAUUAACCAACUUGAACAAAGAACCAAAAAAAACUGCAGAUACUGAAAAUCAAAAACAGAAGUUGCUGGAAAAACUUAGUGAUCUGGCAGCAUCUGUGGAGAGAAAUCAGAGUUAAUGUUUCAGGUCCAGUGACCUUUCUUCAGAACAGUUGUUUCUGUCCACAGAUGCUGCUAGACCUGCUGAGUUUUUCCAGCAAUUUCUGUUUUUAUUCUUAAUUUUCUUCACUAACUUGAAAGUACCCUUGUGGCAGAAACUUAUAAUCACAGUUCUGGUCCACAAAUGCAAAUAGUUUCUGACACAAGGACCACAAAAUUCUUUUUUGGCUUUCAUGACGCUGGAUUUUUGUUUGAAAUGCAUUCUUAGCUUCUUAGUUUAACUCUUAAUUUCUUACAAGUAAAUCCCAUCUUCAAUGUCUCCACUGUAUUGCUAAACAAGUCUUUAGUUGUUGACUAUGAUUCUCUAGAUAAACAUAGGCUAGCUUUCAUAAAAUUUGCAAACAUGUUCAAAGCAUAAAAGUACUCUCCCUGUCUGGUUCCUCUAUGAAAAGGAACAGCAAUUAAAAACACAGCCAUUCUAUAGCCAACAGGCAAGGAUAGAAAGGAGAAAUGACGUUGAUUUCGCUAGCAAUUAGUAUGUUAAAGCAUUUUUAUGCAAACAUGAAUAAUAUUAGAAAUUAAGUUGAUGGAGUUACUGCUCUAAGCAUCAUUAGAGAAUUUAAAUAUUGAAUAUUUUUAAAAUGUGGCUAAACAUUGAUGACUGACAAGGAAAAAGAGAUAAGCUUCACAGCACAAUCAAGGGUAACAAAAGUAAUGAUUAGAACAGUUUAGAGAACAAUGGGAAAGAAAAUUAAUGAUAAUUACAGAAGUAAUGAUAAACGUUUUUCAAGACUAUGAAGGCCUUGGUGGGAUUACUGAAAGACACUUCAGGACAGAUUGGAGUGGAAUUUCAGGCGUGGAAAAGAUGUUCAAUGACUAUUUUACAUCAGUCCAAAUUCCUCUAGAUGUCCAACAACUAGAUGUGACUUGCACUGUAAAAUGAAUAUUGGUAGUUUUACAAUAGAGAGGAAGAUGUCUCAAAACAAAGCAUCUUAAAUAAAUGAUCUGAGCACUGAUUUGUAAUCACCUUGUCUUUACCUUUAACUGCUUGUUGAAUUCUGGGAUCAUACACUUAGUAUGGAAAGUUGCUCAUGUGGUCGUGGUGCUGAUUUUCAUACGGUGUAGUAAAUCAAACUCAAGAAACGCCAGGCUCAUUAACCUGGUAUGGAUUAGAAAUUAUUUCCAUUCACAUAGGUGGAAAAUUGUAGUUAAUGUCUAUAAAUCUACUUGGAGGUUGUUAUCAGUGGUGUCCUCCAUGAAUCACUUUUUAAUAUCUUUAUGAAUGUUGUUAUUACCACGAGGGGAAAAUGAACUGUUUUGCUUUAGUUCCACUAUUCCACAGAUCACAACAUAAUUG